AUGGCUGACGGCGGAGGUUGGAGUACCAUCGAAUCCGAUGAGGGCGUAUUCACCUCAUUGAUCGAAAACCUAGGCGUCAAAGGCGUACAAUUCGAAGAACUCAUUUCCCUUGAUGCCGAUACCAUACGCUCUCUGAGCCCCGUAUACGGCGUCAUCUUCCUCUUCAAAUGGAUUGGAGGCCAAAGCAGCAACAGUACUGCGCCCGCAGACGGCACAUACGACCAAACCGCCGCCUCGGAGCAGGGACUCUUCUUUGCCGCUCAAACAAUCCAGAACGCAUGCGGAACACAAGCCAUUUUAUCCGUGAUAUUGAACCAAGAUACACCGGCCUCUGGAACUCCGUAUCCGAUAGAAAUCGGAUCAGAGCUUUCGUCUUUCAAGAGUUUUACGCAGGGCUUUCCGUCCGAUCUGCUAGGGGAAGCGCUCUCGAACUCAGAGGCGAUUCGCACAGCCCACAACGCUUUCGCGCGUGCCAGCCCGUUUGUCGAUGAAACGCAGCGGACGGCUCAGGACGAGGAAGGGGAUGUAUACCAUUUCAUCGCAUACACGCCCGUAAACGGCAAGUUAUACGAAUUGGACGGCCUACAACCUUUCCCCAUCAGCCACGGCGAUUGUGACGCCGAAUCAUUCCCCGAGAAAGUCAUUGAAGUCCUCCAACGACGGAUUGCGCGAUACCCACCCGGUGAAGUCAGAUUCAAUCUCAUGGCCGCUGUGCGGGAUCUACGGAUUCGAGCACAAGAGUUUGGGGAUAGUGAGUUAUUGGAACGUGAAAAUGCGAAGAGGAGGGCGUGGGCGUGGGAGAAUACAUUGCGAAGGUCGAAUUUUGUGGGGUUUAUAGGCGAGGUUGCGAAGGCGGUGGUGCAGAAGAAGGUCCAGGAUGGGAAGUAUGAGGAAUGGGUUGAGGGGGCGAAGAAGGAGACCUUACGCAGGGCGGAGGCGAGGAGGAAGGGGUAUUAA